GGCGGGAGGCCUUGCGGGAGGCGGCGAGCCCCGGGCACACUCGCUCGCAGGUCGGCGCACAGAGGAUCUUGUUCCCGAGCUGCGCCAGCAGAGCCAGCCGGGCGCCUCGCUCGGUCCGCUCGCCGCGCCGGAGAAAGCUGCUCGAGACGCAGCCAGCCAGCCGGCCGGCGCCACGCCGCCGAGCACUCGGCCCCGGAGUCCCUGAGUGCGGCGCGGCGAGCCCCCAGCGGCGGCAGAAGGACUCGAACGCCAGGAGAGGGCGGACGGGGAACGAGGAGGCUCCCGGGCGCGACGAGGAGAGUCUCGGAGGAAGAGGCAGCGAGAGGACACCCGGGCCUCCUGCCGCCACAGUCGGGUCGGGGCCAGCAGCUCAUGCGGGCAGCCUCGGCGGCCACCCGUGACCAGGAGAAGGGGCACUGGCGGCCUCCACACUAGUCUGCUGCUUGUGCCCUCGGGGGCUAGAGCUUGCGACCGGCCAGAGCCCGCCGCCGCGCCGCCCUCCCCCGCGCUGACAGCCCCCCGGGGCGCAGCCGCCGCCGCAGCAUCUUCUGUCCCUGCUUCCCCAGCGCCGAGGAAGUCCCCGCCGAGGACCUGGGCCCCCGGGAGCGCAGGAGGAAAGACCAGAGACUCUUAAAACACCCAGACACGCAAGAUUGAAGCAGCCUAGCCAGACGUUUUUGUGGAUUAAAAGAAAUACAUUUUUAUUUUUUUUGGCAGAAGAAAAGGAAAGGAAGACCGGCGGGGUUCUGCAAGGAAAAAAAGGGGGAUGUAACUCGUGGAUACGUUUUUUUUUCUCCCCACCCCUCGAACAUCUUGUUCUACUUUGUAAACAUUUUCUCUUUUAAACCCGGGCUUCAUCCGGUGGCCCCCAGACCUCCGAGGUGCGAGGAGGUGUUGUGUUUCUUUCACUGGGGGCUUUGCAUAUUUGGUUUUUGGGUUUUUUGUUGUUUUUUUUUUUUUUGAGAGACCCUACAGACGUCUCACGCGGGGUGAAGUCUACUCGGCCCCCUCCUCUAGUGUUCGCGUGCACAGAAUUCGAGGAGAUCCGGUUACUAAGGAUAUAGAAGAAAAAAAUAAAUCGUGUGCUUGCUUUUUUUUUUUGCUUCUCCCCACCCCCAAAUUAAGUUGCUUAGCAAGGGGGAAAGAGGCUUUUUUUCUCCCUUCAGUAGCUCAGCCAAACGCCUUUCGUUCUUUUGCCCCUGAGGAUCUUCCAUGUAGGAAGCCGAGGCUGGCGAGCCCGACACUCGGGAGCCACUGUAGGGGGGCCUCUUUUGGGGGAGGCGUCCACCAGGGCAGUCUCGGCCGCCCCCAGGGAAGCGGCGGCCGCGUUCCUCCGGGGCGCGCCGGGGCCCGAAAGCCGCGCAGGGCGCGGGCCGCGCCGGGUGGGGCAGCCGAAGCGCAGGCCCCCGAUCCCCGGCGGGCGCCCCUGGGCCCCCGCGCGCGCCCCGGCCUCCGGGAGACUGGCGCAUGCCACGGAGCGCCCCUCGGGCCGCCGCCGCUCCUGCCCGGGCCCCUGCUGUUGCUGCUGUCGCCUGCGCCUGCUGCCCCAACUCGGCGCCCGACUUCUUCAUGGUGUGCGGAGGUCAUGUUCGCUCCUUAGCCGGCAAACGACUUUUCUCCUUGCCUCCUCGCCCCGCAUGUUCAGGACCAAACGAUCUACGCUCGUCCGGCGUCUCUGGAGGAGCCGUGCGCCCGGCGGCGAGGACGAGGAGGAGGGCGUGGGGGGUGGCGGAGGCGAGCUGCGGGGAGAAGGGGCGACGGACGGCCGGGCUUAUGGGGCUGGUGGCGGCGGCGCGGGCAGGGCUGGCUGCUGCCUGGGCAAGGCGGUCCGAGGUGCCAAAGGUCACCACCAUCCCCAUCCCCCAACGUCGGGUGCAGGGGCGGCCGGGGGCGCCGAGGCGGAUCUGAAGGCGCUCACGCACUCGGUGCUCAAGAAACUCAAGGAGCGGCAGUUGGAGCUGCUGCUCCAGGCCGUGGAGUCCCGCGGCGGUACGCGCACCGCGUGCCUCCUGCUGCCCGGCCGCCUGGACUGCAGGCUGGGCCCGGGGGCGCCCGCCAACACGCAGCCCGCGCAGCCGCCCUCGACCUACUCGCUCCCCCUCCUGCUGUGCAAAGUGUUCAGGUGGCCGGAUCUCAGGCAUUCCUCGGAAGUCAAGAGGCUGUGUUGCUGUGAAUCUUACGGGAAGAUCAACCCCGAGCUGGUGUGCUGCAACCCCCAUCACCUUAGUCGACUCUGCGAACUAGAGUCCCCCCCUCCUCCUUACUCCAGAUACCCAAUGGAUUUUCUCAAACCAACUGCAGCCUGUCCAGAUGCUGUGCCUUCCUCCGCGGAAACCGGGGGAACGAAUUAUCUGGCCCCUGGGGGGCUUUCAGAUUCCCAACUUCUUCUGGAACCUGGGGAUCGGUCACACUGGUGCGUGGUGGCGUACUGGGAGGAGAAGACGCGAGUGGGGAGGCUCUACUGUGUCCAAGAGCCCUCCCUGGAUAUCUUCUAUGAUCUACCUCAGGGGAAUGGCUUUUGCCUCGGACAGCUCAGUUCGGAUAACAAGAGUCAGCUGGUGCAGAAAGUACGGCGCAAGAUUGGUUGCGGCAUCCAGCUGACGAGGGAAGUGGAUGGUGUGUGGGUGUACAACCGCAGCAGUUACCCCAUCUUCAUCAAGUCCGCCACACUGGACAACCCGGACUCCAGAACGCUGCUGGUGCACAAGGUGUUCCCUGGUUUCUCCAUCAAGGCUUUCGACUAUGAGAAAGCUUACAGCCUGCAGCGGCCCAAUGACCACGAGUUCAUGCAGCAGCCAUGGACGGGCUUCACCGUGCAGAUUAGCUUCGUGAAGGGCUGGGGCCAGUGCUACACCCGCCAGUUCAUCAGCAGCUGCCCGUGCUGGCUGGAGGUCAUCUUCAACAGCCGGUAGUUGCGCGCGGGGAGAAGAGGACAGGAUGGAGCGUGAGCCGAGCAGGCCACCAUUCAAACUACUUGCUGCUAACCUUUCCCUCCCGAGUGCUUGCUUUUCAUGCAAACCCUUUGGUCAGUUUUGCUGUUAACCAUUGUUGGUUGUUUUGUUUGUUUUUUGUUUUUUUUUUUUCCUUCUUGUUCUUAUUUGUGUUUUGUUUGUCUUGUUCUUUGAGAAAUAGCUUAUGAUGAAUUUGUUUGUUUUUUGUUUUUUGUUUUUUUUUUUGAGGUGGUGGGUGUGGUUGACAGGAUACCCCAAUAUAAAAAUGGGAAGCAAAAGUCAGCACUGCCAAACAUGGUAUAUGAAAGUAGUGGGUACUGCCUUCCCUUCAGAGUGGACGUCCCCGAGCGUGUAGGGGUGUGCGUGAACGGCAGAUGGGGGAAAUGCUUUUUGUGUUCCUUAUGGAUGGAUGUCCCCAGCUGAGAGACCGCAGUUUCAAGCUGUGUGCCCUUUGGACAUGCUCAGUGGGGCAGAGUCAGUACCUGGGCAGACUGGCAGCAGGUGUCCCAGCAGCUGCCAAGGUUUGCCUCAGCCUGCCGAAGCCCCUGCCCUGCCUCCCCCCUUUUAGGACUCGGGCCUAUCCACAGGCUUCUGAGAAGCCAGCCUGCUAGAGGCUGAACCAAUCGUUUUCAUCCCUGUCUUACUGCCUCCUGUCACCCGCUGCCAUUGUCAUGUCUGUCUUUUUUGGCCAUCUGCUCCUGGAUCUCUUUCUUGAGAUGGGCUUCCCAAGGGCUGCAGGGACAGCCCGGACACAGUAUUGCUAACCCAGGACCCUCAGGGUGGGGGUGGGGGCCCUCAGCUGGUUCCCCCACUGUGGUUUUUCAUCAGGUUCCCCCAGGUGUGGAAAGUCAGCUCAGCACCCCAUCCCCCAGCCUGUGUGCUGAGCUCUGUAGACCAGCGAGGGGCAUCUCGGAGGGAACUGCUCAGUGGCCCCCCUUCCCACUGAGAAGGGUGUGGCCCUGCCAUAACAGAAGGUACCAUCCUAGGCUGACUCCCAGCUCUUCUCUCAACUCAUACACUCGUAUGAUAACUUUGACACUGUUCUUAGCUCAAUGAGCACGUUUAGACUUCAACAUAAGCUAUUUUUCUAACUACAAAGGUUUAAGUGAACAAGAGAAGCAUUCUCAUUGGAAAUUUAGCAUUGUAGUGCUUUGAGAGAGAAAGGACUCCUUAAAAAAAAGCUGAGAUUUAUUAAAGAAAAAAUGUAUUUUAUGUUAUAUAUAAAUAUAUUAUUACUUGUAAAUAUAAAGACGUUUUAUAAGCAUCAUUAUUUAUGUAUUGUGCAAUGUGUAUAAACAAGGAAAAUAAAGAGAAGAUGCACUUUGCUUUAAUAUAAAUGCAAAUAACAUGCCAAAUUAAAAAAGAGAUAAACACAAGAUGGGUGUUUUUUCUAUGGGUGUCAUCACCCAGCUGAAUGUUUUUCUAAAGGAGUUUAUGUUCCAUUAAACAGUUUUUAAAAUGUA